AGCCGCCCCGGCUCGAGAGGCCCUGCCCCGGCCGGCGCGGCGCACGCGCUCACGGGCCGUUCUGCCCGCCAUGCCGUGCGCCGCGCCCCCGGCGCCGAGCGGGGCGCCCGCGCGGCUCGAGGCCGACGGCGGCGCUCCAGGCGCGGGGCUGACCUUCCUGGGCCAGAGCGGCGCCCCCAUCCCCGCGGCCGUGCGGUGCCCCGACCUGCGGCGCCCUGACUCUUCCAGGAGCCCCGCGGCCCGCGGCCCGCCCCUGGAGCUCCAGCCGGCGCUGCGGCAGCUGUCGGCCGAGCUGGGCGAGCUCCUGCGCGGCCAGCAGGCGGAGCUGCUCGCCCACCUCGACCGCUUCGCCCUCCGCUGCCGCGCCGAGGGCGAGGUCCCCCACGGGCAGGGGGAGGCCCCGGGCGCCGGGCCCGGGUGGGCGGCGGCUGCGGUCGAAGGCCCCCAUCCCUUCGACGUGCCGUUGGAUCCCUCUGGCGACAACCCGGACGGCUUUGGCUGCUUGAAUAACGGGUGUCGGUCGACGCUGUCAAGGAUGUCCGUGGCGGCGCAGUCGAAGACGUCGGCGCAGUCGAGGAGCACCGUGAGGAAGUUCUCGGAAAAGGCCGCCACACUGACCAUGGAUCAGAUGCCUGAGGGGCGGAGGAGCCAGAACAGCGAGAUCUCGAUGGACGAGGUCAUCAUCAGGAAAUCCACGGCUCCCGGCAGAAUGAUCGACAAUGGCCUGCGCAGCAAAGUGCCGCCGUGGCUGAGGGCGGCGCGAUCGACCGAAGGCUGGAGACCGGGCCUGCUGCGCAUGACCAAGCACUGGGUGUACGAGAUUGCCAACGCUGCUCUCAUCCUCACCAACGCCUUGCUCACGGCGUGGGAGACGGAGUAUAACGCACACCGCCUAGACGAACCCAGCAUCCCUACGCACUUCGUCGUCUUCAUGUUCGCCUUCUGCUUCAUUUUCUCGGGAGACCUGGCCGCCCGCUUCAUCGCGAAGGGCGUCGACAUGUUCUACGAGAGAGACUGGAAAUGGAACGUGCUGGACUUCUUCGUGGUGCUGGGCUCCUGCAUGGAGGUCUUCGCAUACCUGACGAGCAGCAUGGAGGACUCCUGGCUGUCCAACGCCUCAGUGGUGCGGGUCGUGCGGCUCGUGCGCGUGGCGCGCAUCGUUCGGGCUCUCCGCUCCUUCGUGUACUUCCGGGACGUCCGCAUCACAGUUGCCAUGCUUUGCGAUGCUAUGAUCCCCCUUGCGACGUUCUCUUGCAUCAUGGGCGCUGUCUUCAUGGUGUUUGGUAUCUUUUUCACAGCUGGCGCUACCACCUACAUGAGAUUGAACGGCGAAGACGAGGCCCUGAGUCAUUAUUAUGGCGGCUUGUUUAAGUCGAUGGCAACUCUCUACAUGUCAAUCUCUGGCGGAAUAAACUGGGAGAGCGCCGCUACACCCCUCUCGAAGUUGUCGCGAUUCUACUCGGUGGUUUUUUACGGGUACUUGACUUUUUCAAUUUUUGCUAUGCUGAACGUAGUCAGCGCAAUCUUCAUUGACAACACGAUGCAGCGGUCCAAGAAUGACCGUGAUUUCGUCGUGCAGACGGAGAUGGAGGGCAAGCGCGAUUUUCUAAAUAGCAUGGACGCGGUGUUCGACGAGCUCGACCACGACCGCUCUGGCACGAUCCGUCUUCAAGAGCUCCAGAGCCACAUCAUGGACCCCCAGGUGAAUGCAUACUUCCGCGCGAUUGAUCUGAACGUUUUCAAGGUAACGAGGUUGUUCGAGCUCAUGGACAAGGACGGUUCGGGCGACAUCGACAAGAAGGAGUUCACACAGGGUUGCGCUCGGUUGCGUGGUGAAGCGAAAGAGCUCGACGUCGCCAUCCUCCAGCUGCAGAUGAAACAGAUAGCGGCCGUGUCGACCAGUAUCAGAGACUUGGUGGUCCAGCUGGGCGCACACCUCGACGACAAAUUCGACCCACAGUGCGCUAGCCUGGACGUGUCUGGACAGGAUUCGCCCUAACACUAUUCCCCAAACAGUGCAUCGAGUGAGGAGAUCGGGUCCUGCCCUCUUGAGCAACUCGGUGGAUAUGCUCAGAACUGACUUCACACACCCUUCACUUUGACGGUGCAACAACUCACUGCCUGGGGUCUACGCCCAACAUUGCGUCUGGAUGAAGUGAUGCAACUUUAGGCAUAAGUGUGUCGAUCUCGGUCUGGGCCGAUCGGCAAACGUCCGAUGCCUCAUGCCCAGACCAGGUAGCUCGACAGUGAUCGCGCGCCCGCUUUGCGCGACUUCCUUCGUUUUGCUUCAGCUGAGAACUCAGUCGGAUUACCCGUGCCGUCCUCUUCACGGGUCCAGCCAGCGCAUGUGAAAAAGGAACGCUGUGGGUGACGGCGGGCGCACGCGGUGGGGUAUUUUCGAUGGCAAGCGUGCAGUUGGCAAAGCUAGCUUGUUCGGCCCACAACGGGGUUCUGCGCCCCCCGUCCCUGCCCAGUGGCAAAGCCAGCUGGGCUGCAGGCUAUACGCGUCGCUUGGCGUGGCUGUUCGGGUCGACAAGCUGGACAUGUCCCGCCCCAGUGCGGUAGGCCUGCAGGGUGGCCUGCAGCAUGGAGAGGGUGAGCAGCACGAGCAGCGGAGGGACUCCCCCCAGUUGCUCCUCAUCGUCCUCCCAUGUGCUGGCGAAGAACCUCUGCGCGGCUCCACAAAAUGCUGCCUCGCCGGUGGAUUCCGACAAUCCGACAGAGCAUAACGGAUGUUGGAGUGUUCAGUGUUCUCUUUUGGUCUCCCUCUCGCUUCCUGCGCUUCCUUCCGCUUUUUCCUCCUCCACCGACUCCUCGAUCCUCCUCCCGCUCCUCCAGCUCCGAACCCUCCUUCUUGCUCCACGCGCGUGGGCGCAGAGGGCGCAGAUACCCUGUUUUUCAAGCUGCCCUUUGCGUGCUGCAUGCCGCGGGGAUUCUCCAGGAGGAGUGGAGGCGGGAGAUGAUUGUGCUCUCCACUCUUGGAGCAGCCGUGCGGCAGGCCCCCUGGUGUGUGGAGGCCCGAGGUGGACUCGACGAGAUCUGUUCAUAAUCUGUUGUGACAACAGAUGUGUCUCUUUUCUCCUCCUCCUCCCCCUCCCCCUCUUCCUCCUCCUCCUCCUCCUCCUCCUCCUCCUGUUUCCUUCUCUCUCCUCUCUCCUCUCCUCCGCGCUGAUCUGCUUUUUCUUUGCAUGAGCGCUGCGUGAUCAUCGCCUCGUGGUCCGCUGGCGAUCCGCGCGUGGUCGUGGCGUGCAGCCCGCCGUCGGACCAGUCGAUCCGAUGCACGUUCGAGGGCGCGCAGCUUUGCCGUCGCGAGAGGCGGGAGGAGGGCGAGC